AUGCAUCGGAUUCUUCGCCACACGCUCCUUCUCGCGAUAGUUUCCAUCACAGUCUUUACCGGCUCAGUCAUAGCCUCCACUCGAAGGACAGGAGAACACGAAAAAGUUAACACAAUUCAAAACUCAAGCUCAGAGGAAGCUCAGCGACAAUGGCUCCCUCAACAACGGGGAGUCUGUGGCACCGAGGAACCAAGCUCACAGCUGAAAGAUGUACAUAAGCGUUUGUCCCUGACGCAAUAUCGACAUGCAGCAGGAGGGGGUGUUGACGGUAAUGCCAGUCUUGCUACUGCCGAUUCAUUUCCUCGUAUUUAUGUCGAGACGUGGUUUCAUGUUGUUAGUACAAGUGAUCAGGCUGAUUUGGUGACGAAUUCGAUGAUUUCUUCUCAGUUUCAAUAUCUUCAACAAGCAUACCAAAAUACGAGUAUAUAUUACAAAUUCAUGGGUGUAGAUCACAGUGUCAACGACACCUGGGCACGAAACUGGGAUUCGACGGCUAUGAAACGGACGCUUCGCAAGGGUUCAUACGGCGCUCUCAACAUCUAUUUCCAGACGGAUCUCGAAGUCCCGGAUCCUGCGGGUGCCAGCUCUCGACUAAACCUAAACGCCUCUUUCAAUCAUCGCUAUCACGAUGAUGGCGGCCAUGACCUCGACGAAAGAGAUGUAGCAUCUUCUUCACCGUCACCAAAUCUCCUCGGCUUCUGCACCCUUCCAAACCCCGAGAUCAAUGAUACCAGCAAUAUCGACGACUACUUCAACGAUGGCUGCAACAUCCUUGCCUCCACGAUGCCCGGCGGCUCAAUUGAGCACUACAAUCGUGGCGGCACCACGGUCCAUGAAGUAGGUCAUUGGCAUGGUUUGUUACAUACAUUCCAAGACCAGACUUGCGCUGUGGGUGCGAGCGGGGAUUACAUCUCUGAUACACCGCAGCAAUCGACGCCGACGGAGGGAUGUCCUGCCUGGAAGGACUCGUGUCCGGAUUUGCCGGGGUUGGACCCUAUUUCAAACUUUAUGGACUAUUCGUCGGAUGAUUGUUAUCAGAGCUUUACGAGGGAGCAGGCUAUGCGCAUGAGGAGUAUGUGGGCGACGAUGAGGGAGGGCAAGUAA